AUGACGUCAGGCGGUGAGACGACCGGUGAGAAGCCAGGAAGUCUCGGGUUACGCAGGACGUCAUUGGAACCGGAUCUGACGAACACACGCACGACACGCCAUGGAGAUCGUUUCUUGCUAUGCACGUAUAAUGCCAGCACACUCUCCACAGACGCCGAACUUCACGCCCUUCUUGUAGUAGCAGAUCGCAUUAAAUUUCAUGUGAACGCAUUACCUGUAUCACUUGUAGUCCCGUUGAUCUUCGAGUGA